ACCGUGCCUAGAAACUGUAUACUGAUGUUGGCGGUAGUCGGCAGUGCUGUACUGUGCUUAUUUUGCGUUCAGAUAGCUAAAGUUUAUAGUUUAAACUUAAUUUGACAAUGGGAAGGGACUAUUACGCAUCUUUGGAGAUUAAUAGAAGUGCGACUGAUGCAGACAUUAAAAAGGCGUAUCGUCGAUUAGCGCUGAAAUUUCACCCUCAGAGUAACAGAAAUCCUGGAUCAGAGGAAAGAUUCAUUGAACUGGCUGAAGCCUAUGAUGUUCUGAGUGACCUUCGGAAAAAGGCCACAUAUGAUACGUUCGGCGAGGAGGGUCUUAAAGGUGGAAUCCCCCCAGAAAUAGCAGCAAACGGAGCCUGGUCAUCUGGAUACGUCUACCACGGAAACCCUGACAAAACCUUCAGACAGUUUUUUGGAGGCGACAACCCUUUCGCUGAUUUCUGCACUCAGGAUGGAAAUGAGGUGGAUAUUAAUUUUGGAGGGCUGCGUGGACGAGGGGUUAGAAAGCAGGACCCCCCUAUUGAGCGUGACCUCCAUUUAGCUCUGGAGGACCUGUUUUAUGGAUGCACCAAGAAAAUAAAGAUAUCCCGAAGAGUGAUGAAUGAAGAUGGCCACACUUCCAGCAUCAAAGACAAGAUUUUAACCAUCACUGUGAAACCAGGCUGGAAUGAGGGAACACGGAUCACGUUCCAGAAAGAGGGGGACCAGGAUCCAAACAACAUCCCAGCUGAUAUCAUUUUCAUCGUUCGGCAGAAACCUCACCCACGGUUCACCCGUCAGAAUGCAGAUCUGACCUACACAGCACACAUAUCUCUGGAGAUGGCACUGACUGGCUUUGCAGUGGAAGUGGAGACACUAGAUGGCAGGCUUCUCAAUAUUCCAGUUAAUGACAUUGUACACCCUGAAUACAGCAAGGUGGUCCCAGGAGAGGGGAUGCCUUUAUCCAGCCACCCGUCAACCAAAGGGGAUCUGAUCAUCCAGUUUAAAACCCUGUACCCUGAGAAACUCACUCCAGAGAAGAGACAGCUUCUCAAGCAGGCCCUUACCAUGUAACCCACACAGCACAUCUCCAACCUACAUGACAAUUUCCCUCUUACCUUUUUUUUUUAUUGUAAAGAUUAUGAAUGAUUUAAUGCAGCUAAAUAAACAUCAUUCGUUUUUUUCUUCAAAA